CUUAACUUCACCAAUCCUAAAAAGAUCUGAAAUAGUAGACAUUUAGUUGACUUACAUUAACUAAAGCCACUUGUUACGUCAAUUAGUUAGCUACGUUUCUGUAUAUAACCCCAAAUACUAGGCUCUCUUGUUUGAUUCACACUAACUUCUAUACUCCACUCUAGCCAUAAAGAAACAGAGGAAAACCACCGCAAUUAAUUCAAUUGUGCCUUUUCCAAGCUUAGUUCUUUCCUAGUUCUUACUGAUAAUUGCUUAACCAAAUUCUCUCCAAUCCAAGUUUAAUUCUUGUUGAAGCCAAGUAAAAAAAGAAACAUGGAUUUGGAGCAAACAGCACCGAAAGAUUUUCCCUCCCCAAAAAAAUUUGCUCUUCCUGUGGAUUCUGAGCAUAAGGCAACAGUUUUCAGACUGUUCUCAAUUGCUUCACCCCACAUGCGGGCUUUCCACAUUUCCUGGGUCUCAUUCUUCGCCUGUUUCGUCUCCACUUUUGCAGCGCCACCCCUUUUGCCGAUCAUCCGUGACGACCUCAAUUUGACCUCCACGGACAUCGGAAAUGCCGGAAUAGCUGCCGUUUCCGGCGCGGUAUUCGCCCGUAUCGCCAUGGGAACCGCCUGUGACUUAUUCGGGCCCCGGCUCGCUUCCGCAUCCCUCAUCCUGCUCACAGCUCCCGCAGUUUUCUGCACUUCCAUCAUAAACUCCGCGGCUUCCUUCUUCCUGGCCCGUUUCUUCACCGGCUUUUCCCUGGCAACGUUCGUUUCGACCCAGUUCUGGAUGAGCUCAAUGUUUACAGGAAAAGUUGUGGGAACUGCAAACGGGUUGGCGGGUGGAUGGGGAAAUCUCGGAGGCGGGGCGACCCAAUUGAUCAUGCCCCUGGUUUUCUCCGUCAUUCGGGAUAUUGGCUCAACCAAAUUCACGGCCUGGAGAAUCGCAUUCUUCAUUCCAGCCCUUUUCCAGACUUUAUCAGCUUAUGCAAUUUUCUUUUUAGGCCAAGACUUGCCUGAUGGGAAUUACACAGCAUUGCAUAAAUCAGGGGACAAACACAAAGACAGCUUUGGAAAGGUGUUUUACCACGCGGCCACGAAUUACAGGGGAUGGAUUUUGGCAUUGACUUAUGGAUAUUGUUUCGGCGUUGAAUUGGCAGUGGAUAACAUUAUCGCACAGUAUUUUUACGACAGGUUCAACACGAAUCUCCAUACCGCGGGGGUAAUUGCUGCCAGUUUCGGAUUGGCGAACAUAUUUUCGCGGCCCGGUGGGGGGAUGUUAUCCGAUUUGGUGGCGAAAAGGUUCGGAAUGAGGGGAAGACUGUGGGCGCUGUGGAUUGUGCAAACGGUGGGAGGAUUGUUAUGUGUUUUGCUAGGGAAGGUUGGGUCUCUGGCUGGCUCUAUUGCUGUCAUGCUUGUGUUUUCGGUGUUUGUGCAAGCUGCUUGUGGGCUUACUUUUGGAGUUGUUCCUUUCGUUUCCAGAAGAUCGCUGGGAAUAAUAUCCGGGAUGACCGGAGGCGGUGGAAGCGCAGGAGCUGUUGUAACUCAGUUGAUAUUCUUCAGAGGAUCAAGAUACUCGACGGAAACCGGAAUAACACUAAUGGGAGUGAUGAUCAUAGCUUGCACACUCCCAAUUAUGCUAAUAUACUUCCCACAAUGGGGAGGAAUGUUCUGCGGCCCAUCAGGAAAAGGGGUCACGGAACAUGACUACUACAUGAAGGAAUGGAGUGUAGCAGAGAGAGAAGAAGGGUUCCACGAACAAAGCGUUAAAUUUGCAGACAACAGCAGAAGCGAAAGAGGCAGAAGGAUUGAGUCUGUCCCAACCCCUGGCAAUGGCACACCAAAUGCCACUCCAAAUUAAUUCAGUUUGAGUGAACGCAAAGUUAAUCCUUCGGCCUUUUUAAGGAUGUUUUAAGCCUUAAUUCGUACGGUGACUAUAUACUAUGGUCUACUAAUGUGUGUAACAUGAAAUCCUGCAACAAUGUAUGUAAAUGUAGCGAUCUGAUUUUCAUUUCAAUGUUUGGUUUCUUCCCAUUUCCCCUGUAUUUUCCUUUACCGAUUCUUUCAGAUAAGCUUGUACAUUAUGGUUGAUGAGUGGCUCUAUUAAGAGAACACAAUGACUCCAAUUUCAACUGUACCCAAAAGAAACAAAGAAAAGUCCAACAUCAAUGUACUUGUCUUGAUGAUUCUACUGUCACUAAAUUGACCAGUUCUAGACCAUCUUUGUAUAUUGCACCCUGUGUCCCAAAACUAUGGACUAAUCCGAAUUCUAGUGAGGUAAGUUCUUUUCCAGAAG